AUGAAUAAAAAAUUAUGCGGUUUUUGCGACUCCUCAAAACAUGAGAGUUCCGUAUGUGAAUAUGCUAAUAAUUUAUCCGUUGAAGAGAAAAAAGAUAUUUUGUUAAAGAUAGAUAGUAGAUGCCAAGGUAAACAUCAAACUGUCUUGUGCUUUUCCAAAUUUGACCAUGAUAUAAAAGAUAAAAAUAGUCCUAAUUCUGAAGAUAAUGUACUAACGAAUCAAACAUCAUCUGAAACUGUAUAUUUGCAAACAUUGAUUGUUCGUAUACACAAUAAAGGUAAAGAACACUUUGUCCGGGGAAUUUAUGAUUCAGGCAGUCAAAAGAGUUACAUUAGUAAAUUUGUAGCUGAAAGAAUGGGAUUAGAAAAAUUGGGUGAGGAAGAAAUUACUCAUGGACUUUUUGGAGGAUCUCAAUCAACAGAAUUACAUAAUCGAUUCACUUUGCAGUUAAGUAGUAUCGAUAGAAAAUAUAGUUGUGAGUUAGUUGCUAUGGAUCAAAAGAAAAUCUGUACGAAUAUUCCCAGGGCUAAUAAUUUUGAGUUACUAAAAGAUCUAGAGUCAAAGGGUAUAUUUUUGAGUGAUAUUUCCCCAAAAAGUAAGGAAUGUUUACAUGAAAGGAAUUUGAAAGAAAUACAUUUACUAUUGGGGGCCGACGUUGCAAGAAAGCUUAUAACAGAUCGUAUAGAACAUCUCUCUUGUGGAUUAGUGGCAGUAAAGACCAAUCUAGGGUGGACUAUAAUGGGAAAGUCAACCAAUCACGAUAAAAUUGAUAGUUCGCUUUUGGUUCUAUCCCUUCAUGUUAAUGAUGCAAAAAUCACAGAUUUAUGGGAUUUAGAUACAUUGGGAAUUGUUGAUCCUUGUGAAAAACGAUCUAAAGAAGAAUUACAGGAUCUUGCCCUAAAACACUUUAAAGAAACUGUAACGAUGGAUCAUGACGGGAGGUAUAAAGUUUGCCUUCCAUGGUUAGAUGGACACAUACCUCUUGCCGAUAAUAAAUCCUUGACAGAAAAAAGAUNCGAUCUAGAGAAGAAUUACAGGAUCUUGCCCUAA